AUGUCCUUUGCGACAGGCCAUUGGCCCUGGUGGUUGCUGUUCUCCUGCGGCAUGAUAUCGGUUGCUGGGAAUGAAGUUUGUCCAAAAAAAUGUACCUGCAGGUUACUAGAGGUGAUUUGCUCUGGCCUGAUGGAGUAUCCCCUUGAUAUGCCAAUGACCACUCGGCAACUCGUGCUGAAAGGAAACAAUAUCACCUUCUUGCCAGCCGUAAACCUAGGUCUCCUGAAUGACCUCGUCUACCUAGAUUGUACAUUCAACCAAAUCACAGAGAUCAUGGAUUUCACCUUCAUCGGAGUCUACAAACUCAUCUACCUUGACCUCAGUUUCAACAACAUCAGUCACAUCUCCCCAUAUGGUUUCAGCAUGCUCCACAAUCUGGUGAUCCUAAAUAUUUCCAACAACCCCCACCUCACAGAGAUCGAUAAAUACACCUUCGCCAACAACACCGCCCUGAGACACCUGGAUCUGAGCAACACGGCUUUGGAAUUCCUGGAUGCCCAGACCAUUCACCACCUGUUUAAUCUCAAGACUCUGCAUUUGGAAGGAAACCCCUGGCACUGUGACUGUCUGUUAGUGGACUUGGCUGUCUACUUAAUAGUGACAAACAUUGACUACCCAGAUGACUUAAAUACCACCUGCAAAGACCCUGCAGAGAUGGCAGGGUGGCCCUUGACUAUGGCGGGGAACCCACUCAGAUACAGAUGCCUCACCCACCUGGACCGCCAGGACUAUGCCUUCCUGUUCCUGAUUGGUUUCUGCAUCUUCUUUGGAGGCACAGUCGCAGCCUGGCUCACUGGAGUGUGUGCAGUUCUCUGUGAAAACAUCCACCGAAAGGCUGAAGAUGAAGAGCUUGAUGAAGAAAAAAAGGAUGAUAGGCCCAAAAGGACCCAGAUUUUUAAAUCCAGUCAUAAAAAUUUUGAUGCCAUGAACCAUCAUUUUGUUUAG